AUGCAUGGAGCCAACAGCUCCAGCCUGACACCAACACACUUCAUCCUCAGUGGGAUUCCUGGGCUGGAAGCGGCACACGUCUGGAUCUCCCUGCCGUUCUGCUUCAUGUAUGUCAUUGCUGUCACAGGGAACUGUGGGCUCAUGUACAUCAUCAGCCACGAGGAGGCUCUGCAUCGGCCCAUGUACUACUUCCUCGCCUUGCUGUCCCUUAUAGACAUCAGUGGCUGCACUUCCUUUGUCCCCAAUACGUUGUGCAUCUUCUGGCUCCGCCUCAAGGAGAUUGACUUUAACGCCUGCCUUGUGCAGAUGUUUUUCAUCCACAUGCUGACAGGCAUGGAGUCCGGGGUGCUCAUGCUUAUGGCUCUGGAUCGCUACGUGGCCAUUUGCUACCCUCUACGCUAUGCCACCAUCCUCACCAACACCACCAUUGCCAGGGCUGGGCUGGCCACCUUCACACGAAGUGUGUUGCUCAUGAUGCCGUUCACUUUCCUGAUCAAGCGGCUUCCCUACUGCAGGGGCAAUCUCGUUCAACACACCUACUGUGACCAUAUGUCUCUGGCCAAGUUAUCCUGCGGCAACAUCAAGAUUAACGCUGUCUAUGGUCUCAUAGCUGCCCUACUGAUAGGAGGGUUUGAUAUGUUCUGUAUUUCCCUGUCUUACACCAUGAUUGUUCGUGCUGUAAUAAAUCUGGCAUCUGCGGAUGCCCGACACAAAGCUUUUAGCACCUGUACCUCCCACAUUAGUGCUAUUGUCAUCACCUAUGUCCCAGCCUUCUUCAAUUUCUUCACCCACCGCUUUGGGGGACGCAGCAUCCCUCACCACGUCCACAUUUUAAUAGCCAACCUCUACCUGCUGCUGCCUCCCACCUUGAAUCCAAUUGUCUAUGGAGUGAAGACCAAGCAGAUCCGUGAGGGAGUCAUCAAACUGUUUACUAGAGAGAAAGAUGCUUUCCGUGUGAGGUAA